AUGGCAUUCCUGAGGUCCGUAGCAACAACAGCAACUGCUGUAGCAGCUAUUCCUGCAGCCUUAGCCUUCUCUUCUCUUUCAUCUUCUCCGUCUUCUUCUUUCCCUCGCUUUUCCCAAUCUCCCAAAUCCCCCGACAGAUUUGGCCUUCUUAAAACAUUUGCCACCUCUCCCUCUGUUCUCCUCAUGGACCACAAACACUCUUCUCAGCCUCAUGCCGUCUUGCCCGACUUACUGACGGAGUACAUGGUGGAUAUGAAAUGCGAAGGUUGUGUUCAUGCUGUCAAAAAUAAGUUGCACGAGAUUAAUGGAGUUAAGGACGUAGAGGUGGACUUGAGCAAUCAGGUUGUAAGGAUUCUUGGUUCAACGCCAGUUAAGACCAUGACUGAAGCCUUGGAGCAGACUGGUAGAAAAGCCCGGUUAAUUGGACAAGGAAUGCCUGAAGAUUUCUUGAUAUCUGCUGCUGUUUCGGAAUUCAAAGGUCCAGAUGUUUUUGGUGUAGUUCGCCUAGCUCAAGUAAAUAUGGAGCUGGCUAGGAUUGAGGCCAAUUUUAGUGGGCUGUCACCAGGAAAGCAUAGUUGGUCCAUUAAUGAAUUUGGAGAUUUGACUAGAGGUGCAGCAAGCACUGGUAAAAUAUUCAAUCCGAUAAAUGAGGAAAACACCGAAAAGCCACUUGGCGACCUGGGAACACUAGAAGCUAAUGAAAAGGGUGAUGCCUUCUACACUGGGGUCAAAGAAAAGCUGAGGGUGGCUGAUCUUAUUGGACGAUCUGUAGUGGUAUAUGCAUCUGAAGAUAAAUCGGAACAUGGUAUUACUGCCGCGGUAAUUGCCAGAAGUGCUGGAGUGGGUGAGAACUAUAAAAGACUCUGUACGUGUGAUGGCACCACCAUAUGGGAGGCCACUGAUAAAGAUUUUGUUUCCAGCAAGAACUUGGGAAAUGUUUCACCACCUGGAAUUCGAUUGAAAGAGAAUGGGAACCGGAUUUUGCCCCCAGAUUCUCGGCCUAUUCCUCCCUCUAGUCAAAAGCAAGACUAA